UUUAUUUAGGAAUUGGACUGAAAGGAUUAAACCUUGACUGGUGAAAGAGGGCAUUAAGGAAUAGCAGGUGCAUUCAGUCUAGAAAAUUAACCCAGCAUGUCCCUGCAAACCUGAGAGAUAGGGUGGGGUAGAGACUGACCUCUGGCAUGCCAAAAGGGGAUUCUGCAGAUAUGUCAGAGCCGGCGUUGGACUUCUCUAAAGUAGAAAGUUUUCUGGAUAAACAUCCAGAUCUCUUUGAGGACUAUUUAAUCAGGAAGGGGAAGUACUGCAUGGUGGAGAAAUGGUUGAAGAGAAACCAGACAUCUAAAACGCCUUCCAACUCCAGUACUGAUGAUAAGAGCAAGGAGUGUUGGGGUAGUCGUGGGGAUGGGCUACAGAGGAGGGCAUCGCAGAAAGAGCUGAGGAAAAGUUUUGCCAGGUCAAAGGCUAUUAAUGUCAAUAGGACCUACGAUGAGCAUGUUAAUUCUAGAGCCCAGGAGCCUCUGACUAGUAUGAGGAGAAGAGCACUGCUGAGAAAGGCAAGCUCUCUCCCACCUACAACUGCCCACAUCCUCAGCGCCCUGCUGGAGUCUAGGGUCAGCAUACCACAAUAUCCAUCGACUGCCAUUGACUACAAGUAUCACCUGAAGGAACACAAUGAGAGGGCUUUCUUCUUGGAGCUGGUCAAGGAUAUCUCAAAUGAGCUCAACCUCACCAGCCUGUGCUACAAGAUCCUCAUAUUCGUUUGCAUAAUGGUGGAGGCUGACCGCUGUUCCUUGUUCUUGGUGGAAGGAAGCGCCAACAAGAAGAGUUUGGUAUCAAAGUUCUUCGAUGUGCAUGCGGGGACCACUCUGUUACCUUCCUGCAGCACGGAGAACUGUAACGAGGUCCAGGUGCCCUGGGGAAAGGGCAUCAUCGGAUAUGUGGCUGAACAUGGAGAGACCGUCAACAUCCCCGAUGCCUACCAGGACAGGCGAUUCAGUGAUGAAAUUGACAAGCUGACAGGAUACAAGACAAAAUCUUUACUCUGCAUGCCCAUACGGAAUAGCGAUGGUGAAAUAAUGGGAGUUGCCCAAGCUAUAAACAAGACUCCAGGAGGAGUCCCUUUCAGUACGGACGAUGAAAAAGUUUUGCAGAUGUACCUCCCUUUUUGUGGCAUUGCAAUAUCUAAUGCUCAGCUAUUUGCUGCAUCCCGAAAAGAGUAUGACAGAAGCAGGGCUUUGCUGGAGGUGGUGAAUGAUCUGUUUGAGGAACAGACAGACCUGGAGAAAAUUGUCAAGAAAAUUAUGCAUCGAGCCCAGACACUACUGAAGUGUGAACGUUGCUCAGUGCUCCUCUUGGAGGAUAUUGAAUCCCCAGUGGUGAAGUUUACCAAAUCAUUUGAGUUACUCUCACCAAAAUGUAGUGCUGAUGCUGAAAGCAGUUUCAAAGAUAGCAUGGAGAAAUCAUCAUACUCUGACUGGUUAAUUAAUAACAGUAUUGCCGAACUGGUUGCUUCCACUGGACUUCCUGUAAACAUCAGUGAUGCUUAUCAAGACCCUCGAUUUGAUGCUGAGGCUGACCAGUUUUCUGGAUUCCACAUCAGAUCGGUUUUAUGUGUCCCUAUAUGGAAUAGUAGCCAUCAAAUUAUAGGUGUAGCUCAAGUGUUGAAUAGAUUAGAUGGAAAGCCUUUUGAUGAUGCAGAUCAAAGAUUGUUUGAGGCUUUUGUUAUUUUUUGUGGUCUUGGUAUUAAUAACACAAUAAUGUAUGAUCAAGUGAAGAAGUCAUGGGCUAAGCAAUCAGUGGCUCUUGAUGUGCUUUCUUAUCAUGCAACAUGUUCAAAAGCUGAAGUUGAUAAGUUUAAGGCAGCCAACAUCCCUUUGGUGUCGGAGCUUUUCAUCGACGAUAUCCAUUUCGAUGAUUUCUCUCUUGAUGUAGAUGCCAUGAUUACUGCUGCCUUACGAAUGUUCAUGGAAUUGGGAAUGGUCCAGAAGUUUAAAAUUGACUAUGAGACCUUGUGCAGGUGGCUUUUGACAGUAAGGAAGAAUUAUCGAAUGGUUUUGUAUCACAAUUGGAGGCAUGCUUUUAAUGUUUGCCAGCUGAUGUUUGCCAUGUUGACCACAGCUGGGUUUCAGGAAAUUCUGAUAGAUAUUGAGAUUUUGGCUGUGAUUGUGGGAUGUUUAUGUCAUGAUCUAGACCACAGGGGAACCAACAAUGCCUUCCAGGCAAAGAGUGGCUCAGCUUUGUCUCAGCUAUAUGGAACAUCUGCCACUUUGGAGCAUCAUCACUUUAAUCAUGCUGUCAUGAUUCUUCAGAGUGAGGGACACAAUAUUUUUGCCAACCUGUCCUCCCAGCAGUACAGUGAUCUCAUGCAGCUUUUGAAACAGUCAAUUUUAGCAACAGACAUCACACUUCAUUUUGAGAAAAGAAAUGAGUUCUUUGAAUUGGUCAGUAAGGGAGAAUACAAUUGGAAUGUUAAAGAUCACAGAGUGAUAUUCCGAUCAAUGCUAAUGACGGCAUGUGACCUUGGAGCUGCGACCAAACCAUGGGAGAUUUCAAGACAGGUGGCUGAAUUAGUAACUAGUGAGUUCUUUGAGCAAGGAGAUCGGGAGCGAUCAGAGCUUAAAUUGACUCCGUCAGCGAUUUUUGAUCGAAAUAGAAAAGAUGAGCUUCCCAGAUUACAACUAGAAUGGAUAGACAACAUUUGUUUGCCUCUUUAUCAGUCCCUGGUGAAGAUCAAUCGAAAACUUAACCCCAUGUUACAAUCUGUUGUUGCAAACAGAGCCAAGUGGGAAGAAAUGCAUCAAAAAAUACUAGCAUCUCAAGGAGACCCUUCCUCUUCAUUUACUUCUCUUUCUCCUUGUACUUCUUUGCCCACUCCAUCUUCGUCUCCACAGUCAGCUUUAGAGAGUCAUUUGAAGACUUAAGCUUGCAAAUCUGUUUCAGCCCAUGUGUGAUAAUUAUCUUAAUAGGCUGGUAUAAGCGCAGCUGGUCACUUACGUUACCACAGCUAUGCUUUUACAAAAGGAGAAUACAUCCUUGCCAUGGUUUGGAGGCUCAGCGAAUUUAAGAUGAAGAAAAGGGAAUUGUGAAGAUACAUGCGGUGGCGAGUCUGAAUAAGUUGGUUACUCAUGUUUUUAAAACCAUUU